CAGAAUGAAUAAAAAAUAUCAGGAUUCUGAAUCAUCAGAACAAGACAAAGAGGAUAGUCUAUCACCAGAAGCAUCUAAAAUUAUGAUGCCUACCCUCAAAAGAAGAGAGGAAAAAACAUCUGUUUCUAUAUCUGAUUUUGGUAUUUCUUCAGUGGCCCCUUCAGAUGAUGAUUUAGGAUUUGAGUCAUACGUAGGCUCUGAUAAUGCAGGUGAAGCAUCUAAAAUUGUGAUGUCUACCCUUAAAAGAAGGGAUAAAGAAAGCGCUGUGUACCCUUAUUCAGAUGAUGAUUUAGGGAUUGAGUCAAACGUCCCAGGAUUUGAUAAUGCAGGAAAUCCACUUAGAAUUGUCCCAGGAAAUCCAGACAGAAAUGAGGCAGAAUGUACAGCAACAGAGAUCGAAGGGAGCUACUACAAUAGACAGUAUUACUUGAAAGAUGAGCAGUUUAAGCGGCAAGUACUGCGAAAUCUGUCCAUUUUAAAUUUUAAACUGGAUCAGUUGGCUGAUGAUAUAGGUAGAUUAGCGCUUAAAGAAAAUACUGUAACAACAAACCUUCCUCCAUCAGUAUUUUCAAAAUUCAAUUUUCCAUUAGCAACUGAGGAAGAACUGCACAAUUUUGAGAGUCACUUGGCAGACAGAGAGAAGUACCAGCAAGUGCAAUUGGAAUUACAGUAG